UUAGGCCUUGUUGAGCCCUGAUAGGCUUGCUGAGGAUAAAACCUGGAGCUUGGGCGAGGAGAGGGACAUUUUGGAGAGAGAUGGCGAGAGGGACGGCGGUCACUUACCUACAUGGAGUCCUUCUCCUGGCUCUGUGGAAACCCUCGCUGCAAGGAGGUAUAUAUAUACCUGCUAGUGGAGCCGGCACGGGAGCUGGUACAGGUCCGGGGACUGGAUUAGGACAAGGUGGGACUGGAUUUGGCCCUGGAGCAGCUGGGACAGGAUUUCAGCCUGGUGGAGGAACAGGACCCGGAGCAGGAGGGGCAAGUGCUGGUCUAGGAGGGUUUGGACAAGGAGCUGGGGGGUAUGGUGGGCAAGGGCCAGGGGGAAUAGGACCGGGAGGAGUUGGACCUGGAGGAGUCGGACCAGGAGGUUUCCAUCCAAGCUCUUUUGGCCAGGCUGGUGGUGGGGGAGGAGUCGUUCCUGGAGGAGUUGGUGCUGGAGGUGGCUACGGCAGUCGUGGAGGGUUUGGAGUAGGACCAGGAACUGGAGGUGGAGGACAGGUACCAGGCGGUUUUGGACCAGGUGGUGUCAGUACUGGAGGCUAUGGAACUGGACCUGGAGGAGUUGGUUCAGGCCUUGGGACAGGGGUUGUGGGGGGAGGAACGCUUGGAGCAGGAGGUCUUGGCACAGGCAGAGGUCAGGGAGGGUUCGGAGCUGGAACAGGCUACGGAGCUGGAGGUGGAUAUGGAGGUGGUUAUGGACCAGGUGGAGCUGGUCAAUACCCAGGAUUUGGUGGAACUGGUCCUAAACCUCCUAAAACAGGCGGGGCUAGAACUUCACUUGGAGGAACAGGUUAUGGACCUGCUGGUGCUGGAUUUGGCCCUGGUGGUGCUGGACUAGGGCCUGGUGGAGCAGGAUUUGGGCCCGGUGGUGCUGGAUUAGGGCCUGGUGGAGCAGGAUUUGGGCCCGGUGGUGCUGGAGUAGGGCCUGGUGGAGCAGGAUUUGGGCCUGGUGGAGCAGGAUUUGGGCCCGGUGGUGCUGGAGUGGGGCCUGGUGGAGCAGGAUUUGGGCCCGGUGGUGCUGGAGUAGGCCCUGGUGGAGCAGGAUUUGGGCCUGGUGGUGCAGGAGUAGGCCCUGGCGGUGCUGGAUUUGGCCCUGGUGGUGCUGGAUUUGGCCCUGGUGGUGCUGGACUAGGGCCCGGUGGUGCUGGAUUUGGGCCCGGUGGUGCUGGAGUAGGCCCCGGUGGUGCUGGAUUUGGGCCCGGUGGUGCUGGAGUAGGCCCCGGUGGUGCUGGAUUUGGCCCUGGUGGUGCUGGACUAGGCCCCGGUGGUGCUGGAUUAGGGCCUGGUGGAGCAGGAGUAGGGCCUGGAGUUGCUGCUGUGCCAGGAGGAGGGGGAGGACCUGGAGGAAAGACUGGUGGAAAAGCAUCAAAACAAGUACCAGGGGUUGGGGUGCCGGGACUCUAUCAAGGUGGAUUUUUACCAGGACAAGGUUUUGGUGGCCGUGGUGUUCUCCCUGGAGUCGCUACUGGAAAUGGACUUGGACCUCAGAGUGGGGCUGGAGUACUUGGCCAGGGGAGUGCUGGAACUGGGGGAGCAGGAAGUGGCCGUGGACAGCAGUUGCCAGGGGUCUUUCGUGGUUACCCUCUCAUAUCCCCAAAAUCAGGGGCAGGAAAAUCAAAGAAUCCAGCUAAAGCAGCAGCUAAAUAUGGGGGAGCUGGAAGAGGUGCACUAGGUCAAGGAGGCACUUUAGGGGUUGGGACUGAAAGACUCCCUGGAGGUGGAACUGGAUUUGGGGGUGGUGUUGGAACAGGAGGUGGACCUGGAUUCGGAGGCAGUGUUGGAACAGGAGGUGGACCUGGAUUCGGAGGUGGUGUUGGAACAGGAGGUGGACCUGGAUUCGGAGGCGGUGUUGGAACAGGAGGUGGAACAGGAGGUGGAGCUGGAACCGGAGGUGGACCUGGAUCUGUACCUGGAUUCGGAGGUGGUGUUGGAACAGGAGGUGGAGCUGGAACAGGUUAUGGUCCUGGCUCAGCCAAAGCACGAAAAUAUGGCUAUGGACCAGGAGGAGUUGGACCAGGUGGUGCUGGUACAGGCUAUGGACCAGGAGGAGUUGGACCAGGUGGUGCUGGUACAGGCUAUGGACCAGGUGGAGUCGGACCUGGUGGUGCUGGUACAGGCUAUGGACCAGGAGGAGUUGGACCAGGUGGUGUUGGUACAGGCUAUGGACCAGGUGGAGUCGGACCUGGUGGUGCUGGUACAGGCUAUGGACCAGGUGGAGUCGGACCUGGUGGUGCCGGUACAGGCUAUGGACCAGGUGGAGUUGGAACAGGUGGUUUGGGUGGUGGCUAUGGUACUGGUCCAAUUGGGGCAGGCACUGUGUCAACUGGAGGACUUGGAGGCAGAGGACCAGGAGGAGUAGGCUCUGGAGGUAGUUUAAAUCCAGGUGGUGCAGGCACAGGGUCGGGCGGUCUUGGUUAUGGUCCUGGUGGUGCCGGAUCUGGCUCUGGAGGUUUUGGGCCAGGUAGAACUGGUUUUGGGCCAGGUGGAACCGGAACUGGAUUGGGAGGAACUGGAACUGGAUUAGUAGGAACAGGAACAGGACCUGGAGGGUAUGAUGCCAGUGCUAAAGCUCGUAAAUAUGGUAUGCUAAGUGGAGCCCUUGGAGGUGGUGCUGGUACAGGCUUUGGACCAGGAGGAGUUGGACCAGGUGGUGCUGGUACAGGCUAUGGGCCAGGAGGAGUUGGACCAGGUACUGGGACAGGCUAUGGAGGAGGAGGAGUAGGACCAGGUGGUGCCGGUACAGGCUUUGGACCAGGAGGAGUUGGACCAGGUGGUACUGGUACAGGCUUUGGACCAGGAGGAACUGACUUUGGACCGGGAGGUUAUGCUGGUGCAAAAGCUCGCAAAUAUGGUCUGCCUGGAGGUGGUGGAGGUAAUCUGGGUGCAGGUGGACAGGGUGUUGGUGGAUUAGGGCUAGCCGGUGGAACUGGAGGAGCACUUGGGACUGGGAGAACAGGAUAUGGACCUGAUGGAUAUGGACCUGGAGUUGGUUAUGGACCAGGUGGAGGUUAUGGAGCAGGACCUGGGUCUGGAACAGUUUCAGGAUAUGGGUCAGGAUCAAAACCUGCAAAAUAUGGUUCUGGUGGGGUGCUUGGAGGUGGAGUAGGACGAGGUGGGUAUGGUACAGCUGGAUCAAAAGCUGCUAAGUAUGGACAACCUGGUGGAGUUGUACCCGGGGCAGGAACAGGGACCAUCACUGCAGGAGUAGGAAGAGAGCCUGUCAUAUCAGGGACAGGAGCAGGGACUGGCACAACAGGAGUAGGGACUGGCACAACAGGAGCAGGAGUCGGGAUCGGAACAGCGGGAGCAGGGACUGGUGCUGCAGGAACAGGAACAGGAACAGCAGGAACAGGGCCCAGCACUGGUGUUUCAUUGAACGGUACCAGUAGUGGCAGUGCAGGGACAACAGCGAUACCCACAGGAGGAGGACUCGCGACCACAGGAGGAACACAAGCUCCGGCAUCCGAAGGUGACGGUGCUGCGGGCAGUGUGAUAGAGGGGUCUGGAAGUUCUGCAGGAGAAGGAGGUACUGGUUUAUCUGGGAGACCAGUGGGUGCAGGAGGCGAUGGAGAUGUACUGACUGGCACAGGGAUCCCCAUUAUUGGAGAAAAACCAGGUCUCAAUGGGACGGCUGUACCAGGUGGUACUGAUGAAGGUUCAAGUGGAACAUUGCCUGGAGCCAAACCUUUAAAACCCCCAGGUGUCCCCAGAGGGGAUACACCAGGUGAAGGAGAUGGAGAUGGGGGUCCUGAUGGGGAAAGACGUAGUACAGGAGGCACAGGUACAGGACUCGGAGGAGUAGGAGGGAGUCCUUCCAGUGCUGGUACAGAGACAGGUGUUUCUGGUGGUGUAACAGGAACUGGAAGAGGAGACAGUCCUGCUACUGGAACUAGUGUUGGACAAGGAGGUGCAGUCGCUGGAGUAGGGGGAACACCAAAACCGCCAAAAGUAUAUGGACCUGAUGGUGCUGUACUGGGUACAGGAGAAGGUACUGGGGUAGUUGGAGGAGGAGUUGGUUUGGUACCUGGCACUGGUGGAGUAGGAACAGGAGCCACCAAACCUGGAAAAAGCUAUGGCGCUGGUGGAGUUGGAAUUUUACCAGGUGGAGGAAUACGUUACCCAACAGGAGCUGGAGUAGGACAGGGAACAGGAAAACCAGGCAAAGUAUAUGGGACUCUUGGAGAUGGAGGACGGGUUGGGAUUAGGCCUGGAGGAUAUGGAGCUGGUCCAGGAGGUUAUGGUGUAGGCCCUGGAGGUUAUGGGGCUGGCCCAGGUGGAUAUGGGGUGGGACCUGGAGGCUAUGGAGGCACUGGUGGAGCUGGGACUCUCGGUGUUGGAAGUGGAAGUUUAGGUGGAGCUGUGGGAACAGGCCCUGCUGGAGUCGGUCGUGGACUGGGGGGAUAUGGUACUGGUGUGGGUCCUGGUGGGUCAGGAUAUGGCACAAAUCCAGGACUUGGUACUGGUACUGGCAAACCACAAAAAAGUUAUGGAGGAAGAGGUGGUGGUACUGGCAUUGGUCCUGGUGGCUUUGGUCCAGGUGGCUUUGGGCCUGGCAGUUCUGGUGUUGGUAGUUACGGACCAGGUGGAACAGGGCCAGGUGGUUAUGGACCCAGUACUGCAGGGACAGGACCAGGUGCUGUCGAAACAAGGCCAGGAGGUUUUGGACCAGGCGGUGUUGGCACAGGACCAGGCGGCUAUGGACCUGGUGGAGCUGGUGUCAUUCCUGGUGUUUAUAGUCUUGGAGGGCAAGGACUGGGUACAAGAAAGCCACCAAAAUCAGGGUAUGGAUCAUCGUCACUUGGGGGAGCUGGUUAUGGGCAAGGGGUUGGACCUGGUGGAACAAGUACUGGACUUGGCAGAUAUGUACCUGGGGGCAUUGGACCGGGAGGUGUCAUCACUGGGACUGGAGGCUUUGGACCAGGUAGUGCUGACACAGGUAGAGGAGGUGGGUUAGGACCAGGUGGUGCUGGCACAGGAACAGGAGGCUUUGGACCAGGUGGUGCCGGCACAGGAACAGGAGGCUAUGGACCAGGUGGUGCUGGCACAGGAACAGGAGGCUUUGGACCAGGUGGUGCCGGCACAGGAACAGGAGGCUAUGGACCAGGUGGUGCUGGCACAGGAACAGGAGGCUUUGGACCAGGUGGUGCCGGCACAGGAACAGGAGGCUAUGGACCAGGUGGUGCAGGACUUGGAACAGGAGGCUACGGUCCUGCAGGGCAAGGAUUUGGAAAAAGAAAACCAUAUAAAUCAGGUGGCAUAGGUACAGGAACUGGCAGAUUUGGGCCCGGUGGAGUUGGACCAGGUGGGGGCAGCACAGGAACAGGAGGAGGUAUUAGACCAGGUGGUGCCGGCACAGGAACAGGAACAGGCUUUGGACCAGGUGGAGCCGGAACAGGAACAGGAGGAGGCUUUGGACCAGGUGGAGCCGGAACAGGAACAGGAGGAGGCUUUGGACAAGGUGGUGCUGGCAGAGGAACAGGAGCAGGCUUUGGACCAGGUGGAGCCGGCACAGGAGGAGGCUUUGGACCAGGUGGAGCCGGCACAGGAACAGGAGGAGGCUUUGGACCAGGAGGAGGCUUUGGACCAGGUGGAGCCAGCACAGGAACAGGAGGAGGCUUUGGACCAGGAGGAGGCUUUGGACCAGGUGGAACUGGCACAGGAACAGCAGGAGGCUUUGGACCAGGUGGAGUCGGCACAGGAACAGGAGGAGGCUUUGGACCAGGUGGAGCUGGCACAGGAACAGGAGGAGGCUUUGGACCAGUGGGCCAAGGAUUAGCAAAAAGGAAACCACCUAAAUCUGUUUAUGGAGGAGCUGGAUAUGGAUCAGGAAUAUUAGGAGGAGGUACAGGAGUUGGUCCUGGCAGAGGUGGAACUGGAGGCUAUGGCCCAGGAAGUGCUGGAACUGGAGGCUAUGGCCCAGGAGGUGCUGGAACUGGAGGUUAUGGCCCAGGAGGUGCUGGAACUGGAGGUUAUGGCCCAGGAGGUGCUGGAACUGGCAGCUAUGGCCCAGGAGGUGCUGGAACUGGAGGCUAUGGACCAGGAGGGGCUGGAACUGGCAGCUAUGGCCCAGGAGGUGCUGGAACUGGAGGCUAUGGACCAGGAGGUGCUGGAACUGGCAGCUAUGGCCCAGGAGGUGCUGGAACUGGAGGCUAUGGACCAGGAGGUGCUGGAACUGGGCCUGGAAGAUAUGGACCUGGUGGCCAAGUAGCAGGAAGCAGGAAGCCUCCUAAGUCAGGCUAUGGAUCAUCGUUGGGCGGAACAGGCUUUGUACCAGGUGGUGUAGGUGGUGUGGUGCCCGGAGCAGGUACAGGAGGUAUCUCUGGAGGGCCAGGCAAAGGAACAGGAGGGGCAGGGGUUGCUGCCGGAACAGGCCAGGGAGUAGGAGGAGCAGGUGGCUUACCAGGGGGUGUUGUCCCUGGAUAUGGUGGGAUGGGGGGAGGAACCUAUCCAGGAUAUGCAGGGGCUGGACAAAAAACAAAGGCACAGAAGGCGGCCAAAUAUGCAGCCCUGCAAGCCUUUCUGGGAGCUGGAGGCCAAAGAGGCACCGGCUGUCAGGGUAAUUACUGUGGCCGAAGGAGGAAGUGAGAGGCCACCACACAGGAAGUGACCUCAUUAAAACAACGGUGGUGCUAUUGCAAUUUCAGAUUGUAAAUGUCUUAACCUGCGAUAGAAGCUAAAGCUUCAACACAUUCCAGAUGUUACACUUUUGUUUUGUUAUUAUAUAAUGGUCUCUUUCAAAAAGAGCAUUGGUUCUCAACCUUUAAGGGUCUUUGUGAUUCCUCAAAAUCAGCUGAUUCGUUUUGUUUUAAGGUGUGUUAUGCAUGUUGUCCAUUUUAUCAUCUCCCAAGAGAGAUCACAAUUUACAGUAGGAUUGGAUCGGGACACAUUUGUAAUAAUUUUUCGCUCCCUCAAUCACCUUGUUACUCUUCCAAGGACCGGAUUAACCAGGCUGAGAACCAUUUAAAUGAAGGAUGACGCUUUCUUUUUAAGUUGUGAUACAGUGUGGUGUUCAUUUUAUAUAUUGAACAUCAUGUUUUGUUACACAUGUUCCUGUGCAAGUAUCCCCAUUAAUCCUCUGGGUGAACAUUGCUAACAAGGACACCCUCAGGGCAGCUCCUUCAGACCUGUCUGCAUGCUGACACAAGGUUUAAAAGUCUCCAAUGCCACACUUUUAUCCAGUGUGACUGGAUUUGAGGUCUGCAGAAGGAGAUAUACAUUUGAUUAAUUCACUGUUUUUAGCUCUUGCAUCAAUGUGCUAACACUUGAAUGUUAUAUUGUGUAACUGAUCUUAUCUAGUGUUUG